AUGGAUCUGCGGAAUGCUCCACCUAGUCCAGAGAAAGUCAAGGAGGAGAAUAGCCAUGCAUUUAUGGACCAACAUUCACAUUAUUUCACAGUGAAGUUUAGUCAAACUGACCUCAGUGAAUACACCAUUGACUGUGACCAACCCAACACAGUGCUGGAGGCUAUCAAAUCAAAUAAAAAAUCAAAGGAAAUGAUUACAUGUGCAGAUGAGAAUAUUAUCAUUCAGCUGGGUAAAGGGGAUAGGGAAUCUAUUGUUGCAACACAUUUCCCUUGUUCUUGCAUUAGGAAUGGUGAGUGUCUGAUCAUAUCAUGUAAAUCAGAGUCGGUAGAGAAGGCUCAAAACCAACAUGACAAAAAUAUAUAUCCAACAGACAAAUAUUCUGUCUUCUACAUUGAUACAGUAGGAGGGAUACACACCAGAACAAAGGAGCUUUUUAGAAACAAUACUGUCAAACAGUUCAAGUUUCUCUGUGUUUACGGUAAGAAAGGGAUGACAGUCGAGGAGGCUCUGAGAAUAGAUGGUCGUUUCAUUGAUAACCUGGGCAACUUUUGUCUGUCCAACAAUGAGAAUCCAAAGCAGUACACAGUACACACACAAAAGGUUGUCAACUUGAACGAGAAAAAGUUUAAGAUAUGUCUUCCCAAAAGGAAAAGUGAUGAACAUAAUAGUCAUGAAAAAAAUGCAAGAAACCCAUCACCUAAUUCACAAAGCAUGCGUAAACCAAGGUCAGUCACAGAUGUAGCACAUCAGAGUGGAGUCAGUGUAAAAACAGCAGUAGAAAAGAGUGGCAGCAGCAUUGACACUGAAGAGAUUUAUGAGCGACUGCGUCAGCAGUUUCCAGAUCUCAAAGAAUGGAUGGAGAGUAGAUUCUCUGGUGAUUCUUAUCAGGAAGCACUGGACUUGAGGAAGGAGAACUUUGGAAAAGUCCAACAGUCUUUUAGUGAGGUCCACAGAGUCAGGAAGCUGCUCAAACUGGGCGAGUCAGUUUGCAAAAUCAUUGUUACGGAUGUUUGUGAGGGUACAGGCUUUGUGCUGUUUGAUAGGUUUAUUCUGACUAAUGCACAUUUGUUUAAAGAUCAUGUUGAAGGCAAAGAACUAGAGGAGGGUAUAGAGGUGUUUGCUCUUUUUAACUAUGAGGAUCCAGUGCCAAAUUACCACUGCUUUACUGGUGUGAAAACAUUUGUUGACAUUGAUGUCAAUCUAGAUUAUGCUAUUCUAGAAAUCAGCCCUGUGGACCAGACAUCCAAUCAACAAACAAAAGCAAAGGUACCACCAGGGCUCCUGAAGAAUUUCGGUCCACCGCCUCAGAAUGGUGAAGCCUGUAUUAUUGGUCAUCCAGGAGGAGAAGUGAAAAAAAUGGACCCCACAUUUAUCAUUGAGAAAGAGAAGCGAGCAGAAGCUGUAAAUGGCCAUUUAGAUCAGUACAAAGACAUGUUCAUUCUCCUAUCAAUCGGUCAAAGUCUCAAAAACAAAGGCAUUGAAGAUAUAAUGAUGGGUGGACAUGAUGCAGAAGAAUGUGUGACCUACAACACUUUCAUGUAUCAUGGGUCUUCUGGGUCCCCAGUGUUUGAUGCUCUUGGGAAAGUUUUUGGUUUGCACACUGCAGGAUAUACCUAUGAGUUUGCAGGUAUGAAAGGGAAUGUGAUUGAAUUUGCCCGUCCUUUGCUUACUAUAUUUCAAAGGUUUGUCAGGAACUUAAUGGAAAGUGAAAAUGAGGAGCUACUGAAAAGAGUUGAGGAGGCAGCAAAGGGAAACAAGUAUCUUAAAGAUAUACUCAAGGCUGAGGCAGCAGAUUUUGAUGAGCCAAUGGAGUUCAGUUAG